AUGAAAGGCAAGUCCCCAGGACAAUUCAAGUUUACCCUGAAAGAUGACUAUGAGUUCAACUACUCGGUUGUUAUCGACAUUCUGUACCUGGAAGGAAAACCUGUUUUGCAGGUCAUCGAUGCAGCUACAUCAUUUGGUGUCGCUCGCGAGAUUCCUAAGAGACAUGGGCCGCCGGACUACAUUGUGCACGAUGCAGGAAAGAACUUCACAUCUACCGAGUUCAAGCAGCUUGCUUCGUCAAUGUCAAUCGAGGUCAAGGGGUUCCCCGUGGAGGCUCAUAGUAGCGUGGGGAAAGUAGAACGAUACCAUGCACCACUACGCCGUGCCUACGAAAUUCUUAAGGACGAGAACUUCGAUAGGGAGAUGAUUCUGCAGACGGCUGUGAAGGCUGUCAACGUCUCAGCCGGACCGAAUGGAAUCAUUCCAACGUUACUUGUCUUCGGGGCAUACCCGAGAAUGACCGAAAUGGAUCCACCAUCGCCUUUGGUAGUCAAGAGAGCUGAGGCUAUCCGUACUGCAACCAAAGAGGUCCGUCGCCUACAUGCGGAACGCCAGGUGGGUGGCGCUCUCGCUAUGCGCAACGGUCCUAGUAUCAUCACCACAUUGACCCUACCAUUACAGUCAGAUGUUCGAGUCUGGCGCGAGAAAGGUGGAUGGAAAGGCCCAUGCAAGCUUUUGGCGGUAGAUGGAGAGACUUGCACUGUGGAUAUGCCAUAUGGUCCUACGAAAUUCCGAUCAACUGUUGUCAAGCCCUACCAUAGGGAAGAGCUCCCAGAGGGAGAGAGGAGGACAACAGUUGAUCGGAAUUUUGUAGGACCAUAUGGCAUAUCCGCAGUGCAAGUCUCUCCAUCUACCGCCAAGAGAGGCUCAAAUUUGCUAUGCAUUGCUUGGUGGCCAGGUCCCAUAUUUAGACUGUGUCGUCAGCGGAUCCAGAUGCCACUCGGUUACCCUCAUGGGACCAGGCAACUGAUUUAA